GUGCACAGGGGCUCUUGGGAGCAGGCCGGGAUCAGGAUGACGGAGAGACAGAGCGGCAUGACGUCCAUCGCGGACUACUAUGCAGGCAAGAACGUGCUCAUCACGGGGGCCACGGGCUUCAUGGGCAAGGUGCUGGUGGAGAAGCUCCUGCGCUCCUGCCCUGAGGUGAGGGCCAUCUACAUCCUGGUGCGGCCCAAGGCUGGCCAGUCCAUGCAGGAGAGGGUCCAGGACAUGCUGAAGAGCAAGCUGUUCGAUCGGGUUCGAGAGGACAACCCUGACUUCCACAGCAAGGUCAUUCCGGUCAGCAGCGAGCUGACCCAGCCCGGCCUGGCCAUUAGCCCAGAGGACGUGGGAAAGCUGACUGCCUCUAUCCACAUCGUCUUCCACUGUGCGGCCACCAUCCGUUUUGAUGAGCAUUUGAAGCAUGCCUUGCCAGUGGUGUCUGAUGGCAUCAUCCGGGACAUCACCCCCCGGCUGAUCGGGGACCGGCCCAACACCUACACCUACACCAAGGCGCUGGCCGAGUACGUGGUCCAGCAGGAGAGCGACAAACUCAACAUCGGCAUCAUCCGGCCCUCCAUCGUGGGCGCCAGCUGGCAGGAGCCGUUCCCGGGAUGGAUCGACAAUUUCAAUGGGCCCAGUGGAGUUUUCAUUGCGGCGGGAAAGGGGAUCCUGCGCACCAUGCGGGCCAACAACGACGCAGUGGCCGACCUCAUUCCUGUGGACGUGGUCAUUAAUCUCACGCUGGCAGCUGGCUGGUACACAGCUCUGCAGAGACCAAAGUCGGCCCUGGUGUACAACUGCACAACUGGGGGGAUUAACCCCUUCCACUGGGGGGAGAUCGAAUACCAUGUCAUGUCCACCUUCAAGAGGAACCCCCUGGACCAGGCCUUCCGCCGGCCCAACGCCAACAUCACAUCCAACUACCUGAUCAACCAGUACUGGAUCGCUGUCAGCCACAAGGCCCCGGCUCUGCUGUACGACCUGUACCUGCGCUUGUCAGGCCAGAAGCCCAGGAUGAUGAGGAUCUUCAACCGGCUGCACAAGGCCAUGAUGCUGCUGGAGUAUUUCAGCAAUCAGUCUUGGGAGUGGAACUCCGACAACAUGAACAUGCUGAUGGGCCAGCUCAGCCCCGAGGACAGGAAGACAUUCAAUUUUGAUGUUCGUCAGCUGAACUGGCCUGAAUACAUUGAGAACUAUUGUAUUGGCACCAAGAAAUACGUUCUUAAUGAGGACAUGUCUGGGCUCCCUGCUGCCAGACAGCACCUUAAGAAGCUGAGGAACAUCCGCUACGCCUUCAACACGAUCCUGGUGGUGUUCAUCUGGCGGAUCUUCAUUGCCAGGUCCCAGAUGGCGCGGAACAUCUGGUACUUCGUGGUCAGCCUGUGCUUCAAGUUCCUGUCCUACUUCAGGGCCUCCAGCACCCUGCGGCACUGAAGCCCGGGGGGCGCCCGGUCUGCCCCUGCUCAGCUACUUGGGGUAACAGCAGUGCUGCCCCACCACUGGGGCCCAGGGGCGCGCUCAAGAGAGAAGACACAGCCAUCAGACCUUUCUUCCAGACCGCACUGCUUCCAAGCCCUGUUUUCUUUUAAUCUUUCAACAAACCUUGUCCAAAAAUUUUUUAUAUCCAUUCUUUUUUAAAAUAUAUAUGCAACAAAUUCCAUUGUGUGAUUGUUCUGUGCGACUACCCGUGUAAUAAGCCUAAACCCAGUUAUGAUGCCUUGAAGUGGUAAUGAUUUAUGGGAUACUUGAAUAAUGACUCUUUGUUUUCCUAAUGGGCUUUCUUGUAUCCAAAGCUGAAAGCUACACUAGUCAAAUACGGUUUGUAAAACUAAUAUCACUAUGGCGUUUAAUUUUUCAGUGUUGUUUAAACCAGUGCUUCUGGAUCCAUCUGUGACACCGUCCACCACCCUUCCAGUGUGAACAGGAACUGGUUACUUACUGCUUUCCGUCUCCUGCUCAUUAACCCUGCACCUAAUGUGAUGUUUUGGAGGACGGAAGUUUGACGUAUCAACUUGAAUCUAGAUGAAGAUGUGUAAAUAUUCAAAGUUCUAUAUUAUUGUUUAUUUACAGCACCAAAAAGGUUGUUUUUUUCCCCUGCCUUGGAGGAUUCUGCAGGGUGCAGGAACUGCAGGCCGGGCUCUGAGGCUGUGGUUUCACGUUUGUGCUUAUUUGCCUGGAAUUGUCCACUUCUUUCUUUUCCUUUGUAGACGGCAGGCUUAGAACUUCAGAAGUAUCAUUGCAUCUGAAAGCUCUCCGUUGUACCUAGUACAGUCCGCAGUAGUGCUGUUAACACUUCCACCUGCAAGGAGACACUCUGUACACCUGCUCUUCACACAGGGAGAGAAGUGACUGCAGAUGCUUGGCCCAUGUGUUGAGACAUGAGUUAGACAACCUCAAGCUGAGCAGACAAUGAUGGAAGUACGCAAAGUCAGCAGUCUGUCUGAGACUUCCUUUCAUCCACACUGCAUUAACUCUUCGUUUUAACUCUCCAAAGAAUCCUAUGAGUUGCUAAAGAAUCAAGUAGGAUCAUUUAUUCUCAAUACUGGGCCUACAGGAGAAAACUAAAGCUGUGAGAUUUCAAAUCAACCCAGCUCCCCGCUAAUGGAGACGUGAAAAUGCCUGUAAGCCAGCAGAGUGUUUAAAAGCCUGCUCGCACUGUUUCAGACUGUGAAUUCAGUCCUCAGGCUUUUACCAGCAGUACAUUGCUCCUCCUUUGAAAAAACCUCAUUUAUUCCACUUGGCCAUGUCAAUAAACAUGACAGAAAACAUGCCAGUGCGAACACCAUCCUGCUUCAUCAAUCCACACACUGGACUGUGAGCAGAAGAUCUGAGAACUCAGUGGCCAUUAAGAUCUCCUGUGUCUGAUCUUAAAUAGAGGCAAGACAAAUAACUGCAUCUGGCACAGAAACACACCCAAGGCCUCUGCAGCCGAGAAACCUGAAGAAUAAACGCCAGGCGGUGACGCUGAUCACAAGAAAUAACAAUACAGAAGGAAAAUGAUUUCAUCCUGUAUGCACUUGAAUGAAUUGAGAUCCAAAAGAAAUUGAACUUAGACAUCUGUCUUUGAACGUCUCUGGAACAUGUAGCCAGCAUUCACAAUCUCGCUGAAGCCUGUGCCAGGGCAGAGUGGGAACAGCUUGAGCAGCUAAACGGCAAAUUCGCCCCGUUUUCAAAAUACCUUUUUUCCCCGAUUUGAAUUUGUUCAUAUGUGACAGUUUUCUAUGCACAAGAAAAUACCAAAUUGCUUAUUUUCCUUAAAAGGACAUGUUGGUAUGAUGCAUAAUGUUAUAUAAUAGUAACACAUAUCUAUGUCAAUAACCUGGUCUUUUGCUGUUGAAUAAUAGUGUUGGGCAUCUCUCACACCGAGAGUAACAUUUUCCUGCAUGUCCACGAAAAUACUGAAAGACUUUACCGUCUGCUUUCGGCACGUCUGAGACGUCCAGUACUCUCACCUCAUUUUCUUGCCCACAAGAUGUUAAAUUCUGGCAAGGGAACAGGACGGAGGAAUGCCAAACACUGGCGUGCAGGAUGGGGGCGCGUGGAGCCCCCCCCCCGUUGGAAACACAGCUCUGCCUGUCCUUCUGUGUCCUCCUGUACCGCUCCUCCUCUGGCCACGCAGGCCAGGCGGUCUGCCACUCCUGAACGUGCGCCAUGACCCGAGUUCUUCCAACAAGCCGCUUGGUCGUUCCGGGAGCUGAAGACCGGCUGCGGCCGAGCGCCCCAGGCCGCACUCGCGAGGCGCCCGGCUUCGGGCCGCCAUGAAUCCGCAGCUCCGAGACGGGCGGACCAGGGAGCACGAAGACCUGCUGGGCGGCGGAUGUGAAAAAAAAACCGACAGGUGCUUUCUCGCCAAGUGCGAAUAUCACGGCGCAGGCCGCAAGACCUUCUGAAACCCCCGAGUAUUCGCUCCUUCUCACUGUGGGCCACUUGGGUAUUUCUGGCAGCACUUGCUGUUUUUACCUGUACGUAAUGCAACUGAGCCCAGGUCACAGGUGAAAUUACCCCACUAAAGCAUUCCAGACCACAGACAUACAGUAUCCUAGAGAUUUGAAUGAGCUGACUGGGGACAUGCAAACAGGUGCUGGUGUACAGCUCAUGUUGACAGGGCCCAAGAAACCAGCCUGGACUUCGCACAGUGAGGCACAGGGCUGGCAAGGUUGACGCGGCAGACAGAGGAAAUGAUGCACAUGAAGAGCAUUCCAAGCUGGAACCAUUUUUCUUGAAUCUAAGAGGAGCACCAACUGUCUUAAGAACACCCACAAAUGGAGCAAAUUCCGUUCGAAAAGCAUUGAUGUGCUGAUUCUCCUAUUUGCCAGUGUACUGAAAUGCUCGUCUCAAUACUGCCAAGGUUAGCCAACUGGCCUCCAAAAUCUCCACCUUUCAGUGGUCUGGUCUUAUCUUACAGGUUUUAAAGAUUUAUAUUUUCUGAGGUAUUCAAAUGAAAAAAUAGGGCUUGCUCAGCGGUGGAAUGCAUGCUGAUCAUACAAGUAUGUUCAACGUUAUGGGUUUCAAUUGAAACAAAUCCAUUGUGGACGAUGUAGAUGCAUGCAUUAGACAAACAAAAUGGAGCAAUUUUUAUUUUCAGUUCUUCACCAAUGGUUUGUAUGCAAAUAAAAAUCACUCCAUGUUCAGUCUAUUGCUUGGAUGAAUUGUUAUACUAAAUCCACAGAUUUAAACAAUCUACCAAUAUUAUUGAAAAAUGUGUCCAAUUAAAGAUAAAUUAAUUUAAUCAAACCUGUUUUAGUCCUUUCAUCUUAAACUGUUACAUUCUAUGUUUUGUAUGUGGGGUAUCUUUUUUCUAUUGGGGAUGAAUUUCACAUUGAAAAUUUUGUUGAUGAAAGUUGUCUGAUUAAAGAACAGUGUUUUAUCUCUAGAAAAUUAGAGCUCUGUCACUGAAUGAAUAAAAAAGUUAACUCUU